AUGGCACAGCAAUCGGAAUCGGAGAUUCCCCCUAAUUUCUGGGGCCACAUGCCCGAAGAGGAGUACUACACCUCCCAAGGAGUCACCAACACCAAAUCCCACUUCGAAACCCCCAACGGCAAAAUCUUCACACAGUCCUUUCUCCCACUCGAUGGCAAAAUCAAAGCCACCGUUUACAUGACUCACGGCUACGGCUCCGACACCGGCUGGCUCUUCCAAAAAAUCUGCAUCACAUUCGCCACCUGGGGUUACGCCGUCUUCACCGCCGAUCUCCUAGGUCACGGCCGUUCUGACGGCCUCCGUUGCUACCUCGGCGACAUGGACAAGAUCGCAUCCACCUCACUUUCUUUCUUCCUCCAUACCCGCCGCAGUCCUCCCUACACCACCCUCCCGGCGUUUCUCUUCGGGGAGUCCAUGGGCGGUUUAGCCACAUUGCUGAUGUACUUCCAAUCAGAACCGGACACGUGGACGGGUUUGAUAUUCUCCGCGCCGCUUUUUGUGAUCCCCGAGGAUAUGAAACCUAGCAAGGUUCAUUUGUUUGUGUACGGUCUCUUGUUUGGUUUGGCGGACACAUGGGCGGCUAUGCCUGAUAACAAAAUGGUUGGAAAAGCGAUUCGCGAUCCGAAUAAGCUGAAGAUAAUCGCUUCUAAUCCGAGGAGGUAUACGGGCCCACCUAGAGUGGGGACCAUGAGGGAACUUCUUAGGGUUACUCAGUAUGUGCAAGAUAAUUUCUCUAAUGUAACGGCGCCGUUUCUUACUGCACAUGGAACUGCUGAUGGGGUCACGUGCCCUUCUUCUUCGAAGCUUUUGUAUGAGAAGGCUUCAUCUAAGGAUAAGACUUUGAAGCUUUAUGAUGGGAUGUAUCAUUCUUUGAUUCAAGGGGAACCUGAUGAGUCUGCUAAUCUUGUGUUGGGGGAUAUGAGGGAGUGGAUUGAUGAGAGGGUGAGAAGGUAUGGGCCAAGUAACAAUUCUCUGUAA